AUGGCACCUAGCCCGAGAACGCCACGGCAGUCUACUCUCUCGCGCCCGCGCGGUCGUCCUAAGGGCUCUGUCAACACAGUGCGACGCGUUAGGGACGGCAGCAUUGUAGCUGCUACUGAACCCCCUUCAAAGCGUCGACGAUAUGCUGCUAGUGGUUCUGGUAGCGUCAGUAGAUUUACGGACCAUAAUGGCAACGACCAGGUCGAUACACCCGUUGCGACUACUAGUCGCUCGAGGGCACGGCACAGUACGCAAAACGGUGCGGCGUCCCCCGCUAUCUACCCCAGACGUGAACGUAGCACCCGCACCCGCACCGCAACUCGAGUCGAAGUAGACGAUGAAAUGCAAAUCAGUUCCGCCGCUGCUGUUGCCGCCGCUGUUGUGCAAAGUGAAGGCUACAAACCCAGAGAAGAACGCGGCUGGGAGGAAUUUCACCCGAAUCUCGAUAUAGAUGCCACCUUUAUGCUAUUCCACGCCGAAGAUGUCGACGGAACUGCGAAGCCAUUCCCGGAAACGCCAGCGAAGGUUUCUGGCGCCGAUCAUCACGAUGUAGGCAGCCCAUCAAAAGAACCUAAUGGAGCAUCUACAUCUCUCCUGAACACGCAGAAUACCACGACAAAUAAUCCUACCCCUGCUGCUACACUUUUAGCAACACCCUCCAGAAGGCGUGGCGGUCGAUUACCUCGCGGAGACUCACUUUAUGCUACUCGUGGGGAUCAGCAAGCGGCACCGAACACGCCGACGCCUCUGCCGAUUCACGGUCAGAAUACCAAGGAGAAGCUUGACCUGAAGCAACCUUCCUAUCGUAAAACCGACCGCAUAUUGCUGUUUGAAAGCAAGAAAUUUGGUCAAGCUCGAUAUGUCGACAAGGCCAUGAUGAAUGUCGGAUACCAAGAGAGCGAUAACUUCAUUCGCCCCGAUAGAAAAUUAAUUAAAGCAAGCGAUGCUAACAUUGAGGACGAAGCUGAACAGGCUGCUGUUGUUAAGGGAGAGGGGGAAUCGGCGCUUCAGUCAACUAAUGUGCUUGGUCGCGUUGAAUACGACAUGGAUGAACAGGACGAUAUGUGGCUGGAGUCGUACAACGCGCAUAGAAAAUCACAGGGCUGGAACCCGGUUACCCGUGAAGUCUUCGAAAUCACCAUCACCAAAAUUGAAAAGGAGUGGCACGCUCUAGAGAAAAGAAUACCGAAGCCCAAUCCUAAGCCGCCGCAAACCCACAGGCCCCGUUCUAGCUCCGCUGCGGCCGUAAAUGGCGAGCCGCAGGCCGGAGAAGAACAGGAUAGUAAGUGCGCGAUUUGCGACGACGGUGAUUGCGAGAACACGAAUGCAAUUGUUUUUUGUGACGGUUGCGAUCUUGCGGUCCACCAGGAGUGUUAUGGUGUUCCAUUUAUUCCGGAGGGCCAAUGGUUAUGUCGCAAAUGCCAGCUUAUUGGCCGUGGGAUCCCGACCUGUAUCUUCUGCCCCAACUCUGAUGGUGCCUUCAAGCAGACAAAUUCCUCUAAGUGGGCGCAUCUGCUCUGCGCUAUGUGGAUUCCAGAAGUGACCUUGGGCAACCAUACCUUCAUGGAACCCGUCAUGGAUGUGGAUAAGGUCCCGAAGAGCCGCUGGAAGCUGACCUGUUACAUUUGCAACCAGCAAAUGGGUGCCUGCAUACAAUGUGGGAACAAAGCAUGUUACCAGGCCUUCCAUGUGACCUGUGCCCGCCGCGCCCGAUUAUUCUUAAAGAUGAAGAAUAGUUCGGGGGCUUUAGAUGUCCUUGAUGGCAGUACGAAUCUGAAGGCGCUUUGCGAUAAGCACUGCCCUUCCGAGUACGCUAAAGAGAAUGAUGUAGUUCGCGCAACUAAGAGAGCCAAAAAAUACUACAGGAAGACGAUGAGUGACCGAAUCUGGGCCAAUAGCCAGGCUAAAGCCAUGUCUAUUGCAGCAUCACACCGGAAUGCAAUCACCGAACAUCCGCCCGACGAGUCGCAAAUGACUGGGGCGAAGCUGUCCGCUGUUCUUGGAGAUAAGAAGGGGCAGGCAGGAAAGCCGAUAUGGAAGCUUCCGUCUGGUGCUCCUGUGAUACCACAGGCCGUAUUUGAAAUCGUCGAAGCAUCGCUGCAGCGCUUCAAUUUCCUCAAGCGUAAGGAGUUUGUAAGCGACGCAUGCCGCUACUGGACAUUAAAGCGCGAAGCCCGCCGUGGCGCUGCGCUUCUGAAGCGUUUGCAAUUACAGAUGGAAACUUUCUCUUCCAUGGAGCUUACUCGGCGGAACUUUGCAGCUAUGGGUCCUUCCGGGAUAACUCGGUUGAACAGGAGAAUAGAGUUUUCUGACACCCUUAUUAAAGAUCUGGAGCAGCUCAAGGCCCUGUCGGAGGUGGUCGUCCAAAGGGAACAGAGCAAGCUCGACGCUGCCGAAAUGGAACAGGAAUUUGUUGACACCUGUUACUUUCCCAUCCACAAGAUGCUUCCACCAAUUGUAGAGAAAGCCAUCACGCUUGACAAAAACCUGUUUCACGAUGGGCUUAUCAAGUUGUCCAAUAGGAUCGAUGAUAGAUUCUAUACCACAACGCUGUCAUUUACUCACGAUCUCUGCGAGGUCAUUAAUAUUGGUGUGAACACGGAGCCGAAGUUCGAGCCUGAGUCGCAGCAUAAGGCUGGACCUGCCACCCCAGCAAUGUCUAAAUCUGACUUCUCUGAUUACAGGGAUAGGAAAAAGCUUGGUAAGAGAAUCCUUAAGUCGGUACAACCACAGCUAGAAACAGCCCUGCGUCUCGAGUCAGAGGCAGCCCAUAGGCCAUUCGACAGUAUGAGGCAAGAGCUAGAAGCUAUGAUAGAGGUGAGCCUCGAACUGCGGCAGCAGGCCAUUGGACAAGGCAAUGUGGAGUCUGAACGAAGUCAAGAUGUUAUCAUGGUUGAUUCGUCAGCUCCAGAGAUUACUGUCGGCGGUCAAGAAAACGACUCUGCCGCUGGAGGACCUUCUGGCGACGUUCCUAUGGCUGAAGCUGACGUCCAGGGUGAGGUCGUUGGUGGCAACGGUAAUAUUGAAGUUAAUACAUCUAGCUUCGAUGCGAACGAUGAAAUGGAAGGUGUUCAAUCGACUAGUAACGAGGUGUUAAUGGUCGAGGCGAAGCAGGAAGCCAUGCCGAACGAUAGCCUGCAAGUGAUAGAUACACCGCCAGCAACCAACGGCUACGUAGGUACAGGGCCUUCACUGCAGCCUGCACCUCCAACUCCACCCCAGUCUAACGGUAGUUUGGGGCGCCAACCUACUGAUCCGCUUACCGACGGCGGCGUUGUGUGGUACCUGCAGGACUUCGAGCCUGAAGGCGCAUCUGCAAUCCAAGAACAGUGGCAAGGCAGGGACGCCGCCCGUAGCCUUAGUGAGGAGCUUACCGAAAUCGACGAGGAUGAGCUCAAAGGGCUUGGGGUCGAAAUCGACAGAGAUGUUAUCACGGCGUCGCCAGCCAACACCACCGAGACAGCGGAACCCGCUGCUGUUAGCGCCCCCAGCCCCACAAAGAAGAGUAAUGCGAAGGCGAGGAAACGUAAGGCGCCCUACCGAAGACGUUAA